UUUCAGACCAAGCUUUCUGAUCUUACCUCUUCCGAUUCUGUGUUGGGAAAUGCAUUCCCCGCGUUCAACUAUGAUUUCGCACCCUGGGAUGAGCCAGAUUUUUUGCCUUUCAACCCUACUAGCCCCCACCUCGUCACCUCCAGUUUUGCUUCGGACGACCCCAAAACAACGCCUGCCGAACAAAAAUCGCCCUCGGACCAGUCCGACUGGGUUGUGUCCCUCAUGGAGGAGCAAAAACGCACGAGAAUGAUAUCGAACAUGGAUUCGGCGAUGCGGGAUGAACCGGAAGCUCCAAGUGGGCCAUUUUUG